CCUCAUCAGAGCCGGGAGAGCACUGCACCGCAGCUUUGUUGCGUUCUGCACGGCCAGUUCCGGCAAUGGCGAAGGCGCUGCUGCUACCGCCGCCUCUGCUCGCCGCGGCCUUGUUGGUGGCCGCGGCGUCCGCGUCGGCGUUCGCCCCCGCACCUGCUGUGCCGGUGCACGGGACGAACCGUAGCGGCUGUUACAGCCAUUUCUUCGCUUUCGGCGACUCGCUCAUCGACACGGGCAACUUCAUCCACUACUCCACCGCGCCGGGCCCCGUCGCCCGAUCGCCCUACGGCGAGACAUUCUUCCACCGCCCCACCGGCCGAUGGUCUGACGGCCGCCUCAUCGUUGACUUCAUCGUGGAGAGGCUGGGGUUCCCGUACUGGACGCCCUACCUGGACGGGAAGACGAAGGAGGACUUCCGGUACGGUGCCAACUUCGCGGUGGCGAGCAGCACGGCGUUGAACCAGCUGUUUUUCAAGAAGAAGCACAUCAAUGUCGACGGCAUCACGCCCUACUCCCUCGGCGUGCAGAUCGGCUGGUUCAAGAAAGUGCUGGCCAUGCUUGGCUCCACGGACCAAGAGCGGAGGGAGAUCAUGGCGAGCUCGCUGUUCCUGGUCGGAGAGAUCGGCGUCAACGACUACAACCACCCCUUCUUCCAGAACAAGACGCUCGGUUUUGUCCGCCCCCUGGUUCCCCAGGUCAUCCGAUCCAUCGGACUAUCUCUCGAGGCCCUGAUCCAGCUUGGCGCCAAGACUCUGUACGUGCCGGGCAUCUUCCCUCUCGGCUGCGUCCCCCGGUACCUCUUCCUCUUCCGCAACAGCGAACCCGGCGACUACGAGCCGGCCACCGGCUGCCUCCGGUGGCUCAACGACCUCACCGCCCUCCACAACACCCUCCUCAAGGCAAAGCUCGACGAACUCCGCCGCGCACACCCAGGCGUCUCCAUCACCUACGUUGACUACUACGGCGAGGUCCUCAGCGUCAUCACCUCCCCAGCACGGUACGGGUUCGGCGACCGCACGGCGCUGGACGCGUGCUGCGCCGGCGGCGGGCUGCACAAUGCCAACUUCACCAUCCACUGCACGGAGCCGGGCGCCGUGCAGUGCCCCGACCCGUCCAAAUACGUGACGUGGGACGGACUGCACAUGACCGAGGCGAUGUACCGGGUCAUGGCCCGUGGGGUGCUCGACGGCCCGUUCGCGACUCCGCCCCUCAUGUCCAGAUGCGAGAAGUACUACACAAAUAAAGCCCCUGAAAUGUGCCUUCAUUUAGUGGUGCCGAAUGCCAAGGAGUGAUCCAUCGUGACAAGGUUACAAUUGUCUUGAAAUGCACUUCCACGACGAUAUUAUAAUUUUAGUACGUAAAUCGCAAUACAAACAAACAUGUGAUCAAAACUAUAUUUGAGGACCGUGUCUACAUUCAAAACGUCACUUUCUGUGAUCGGAGCGUUGAUCGAUUCAUUGGAUACUUUCCCGGAACUGCAGUCAUACAAUGACUGGUCUUGGUCUGAAACAGAAACAGAAACAGCGCAGUGCGCUGCGCAGCUGUCCUCGCUCCGCAGGUCCAUCGAGUCGCCGCCAUCCUCGCGAGCGAAGCCAGGCGCGCGCGAGGUCGGAGCACCGCCCCUGCCGAGCCCUUGAUUUCGCCGUCCAUGUGCUGCUUGUGAUGACCGAAGCGCCGCCCUGUCGCA